AUGGAGCUGUUGGAGGAGAAGUUUGCAGAUGCAAGAGAGCAGCAUUCUUCAGUGUUUGACUCAGUGCUUGGUUUAGAUAUUUGUCAACGCCUGAAGUUACUGAAACUUUGCUGGAAAGACCAAAACCUGUUUCGGUUUUAUCAAGAACGUGGAUACUUUCUCCAAGCAGGGAAUGAUAGGUGCAUUCAUCCUCAUGGAGAUGUUCAGCGGAGGCCUGAUUCCCAAAGUCAUCCGUCUUCACGUGAAGAAGAGAUUAAUAUUGGAGCUCGCAAAAAUCUACUUCCCUCCAGAAAUGGUCAUGGGCGAGCUCAGACACGAAUUAUUGAAGCAGAACAGGAGCAAGAAGGAGCGCCAUCUUGUGGUGUAGCUCAU